AUGCAAGAACAUGAUCGCCUGAGUUUAUUUGAGAAAUGGAGAAAUUUGGAUUCAUUGUUUGUUCAUUCAAGUCGCUCAAAGAUAAACCAAUGUCAAACUAUCAAAGACUUACCCUAUAUCAAGCUAACUCGCGACUGCUACCAACGCCAAGGCCUGUCCCCUGAAAUAAUCCAAAAGUCAGAUGCAACUGAGAAUGAGAAUGGAGAUGUAGAUCAUGCUAUUGUGUUGUCGCUUGCAGAAGAGAAUCAAAAAGUGAAUGGCUACAUUACUUAUAUUGGUUAUGGGUGA